AUGCAACCUAUAGGUCGACGACGCCGCUGGCGUGAUGUGGUGGAGCGAGCACAAUUCAUUGCGCAAUUACGGCAAUUGCGGGAUCCUGUCCCUGGGGAUAAUAUUGGCAUGGCUUUGACCGAAGCGUUACACCAAGCCAUUGAAACGGAACUCGGCCUCGAGCAGCGACCUGCCCAUCAUUUUGUCAAUUUUGCCAUUACAGCUCAUGGGUUCACCCACGCUUAUCAAACAGCCAAUUUCACCGUGGGGGAGUUUUUACAACGCACUGCUCGUUUGGAUGAGAUGUUGGCCACCUUGGCUGGCAAGUUGAAUAGCAAUGAAGCCUUCAACCCCGAUCGCGGUUUCCAAGUGGAUGUGGUGUUUGUCUCCAUGCCUGGCCGAGGGUCUGGUCGACAUAAACAACGCAAUGUGGGACGUCUAUGCCUGGAUCAAGAGAACAAGAAAAAAAAAUGCAUCAUCCCCAUCCGAAACAGAGAUGCCCUAUGCUGUGCCCACGCCAUCGUCACCAUGCGAGCCCACUGCCAUAAAGAUCAAGGUGUGGACGAGUUUCGCGACUGGGAGAAUCUCAAACGUGGGUUUCCGGUGCAGCAACGUCAAGCCCGGGCCUUACAUCAGCAAGCGAGCGUCGCCGAGGGUCCCUGUGGUUUACCCGAGCUUCGCCAAUUUCAACAAGCGUUGGGGUCUCAAUAUCAACUCUUGGUGAUGACCCGGAUGAAACCAUUUUUUCUGAUCUUCAAAGGACCCACCGCCCCUCAUCAAAUUCGUUUGCUGAAAUCCCAUGAUCAUUUUGAUGGCUGCACGUCCUUUCCUGCGUUUGUGAAUCGUUCCUACUAUUGCCUGGACUGUGAACGGGGGUUCAACACCAACGACCGCACCAAUCAUACUUGUCAAGGGAGACGCUACAAAGCGUGCGGUCGAUUUGAUUGUCAAGAUUAUGUGCGCGGUACCCGCCCCACGGAGUAUUGCAGUCUGUGUCACCGCAUGUUUUACGGUGCCUAUUGCAAACGUCAUCAUGUGGACAGCAAGCAAUGUCAAUCGAUCAAAACCUGUCUCAAGUGUCAGGCCCAGUACACGGUCGUCCCUAACAAACGUCACCAGCGCGGGCACGCCAAAUGUCCCGUGUGUCGAGCAUGGGUGCCCAUCCAAGACCACAAGUGUUACAUUCAACCCGUGGUGGAGGACGAGGAAGAGUCUGAACCAACCGAGGAGGGGGGAGGUUGCAUGGUGGCGCCACCCCCUGCCCUGUUUGUUUACGCGGAUUUUGAAGCCAUGCAGAAUGCAGAGGGAGUGUUUGUGGCCAAUUUGUUGUGUUAUUCGUGCAGUGAAGAAACCACUAUUCAUGUAUUGGACGGGGAGGACUGUGCCCUACAAUUUUUGCAUGAUUUAGAUGAUCUCACCGACAUCCCGGACAACGAGGGAGAGCGGGAGAUUCAUGUGGUGUUUCACAAUUUGAAAGGUUUUGACGGCAUGUUUAUUCUCCAUGAAUUGUACCAGCAACAACGCGAGGUGGUGGAUCAACUGACUGUGGGCGCUAAAGUCUUGUCCUUCAGGAGCGGACCCCUCAAAUUCAUUGACUCGUUUUGUUUCUUGCCCAUGCCACUCGCCUCCUUUCCCAGCACCUUCAAUUUGACUGAAUUAAAGAAGGGCUUCUUUCCUCAUUUGUUCAACACCCCCGACCAUCAACAGCACGUGGGUCGGAUCCCCGAUUUGGAAUUUUACGAUCCCGAGGGUAUGAUGGUCAAAAAGAAAGACGAACUGACCCGUUGGCAUGCGGACCAAGUCCGUCGUCAUGUCACGUUCAAUUUCAAGCAAGAAAUGAUCGACUAUUGCAAAUCAGAUGUGGCUCUGUUGAAAGCGGGUUGUGAAGCCUUUCAGCAAGAAUUUGAACGGCAGGCUGGCUUCAAUCCCAUGGCCAAGUGCAUCACGAUCGCCAGUGCCUGUAAUCUGUAUUGGCGUAAGCACCAUCUCACCCCAGAUACUAUCGCCGUCGAACCUAUGGGAGGUUGGCGAGGGGCCCAGGUCAACCAAUCCCUCAAGGCCCUGCAGUGGCUCUAUUACCAAGAACACCUCCUUCCCAAGGAGGGGGCCUGUGCCGACCAUAUUCGACACGUUCGGAAUGGGGGCGAACAGUCUGUUCGGACCAUCGCCAAUAGUUAUUUCGUCGAUGGGUACGAUCCCCUGACCAGUACUGUCUACGAGUUUCAUGGGUGUCUCUACCAUGGCUGUCCCUGUUGUUAUCCCAACCGAUCCGUCAAGCAUUAUGCGGUGCCAGACCGAAGCGUGGAGGAACUGUAUUAG